GAAAAACAGGUCAAGGAUCAGCUAGAGCUCUUGGACUUGCAGCAACAACAUCACCACCAACAACAGCAGCAACACCUUCACCAUCAACAGCAGCAGCAGCAACAGAGUGGGGCACAGCAUUUCAUGACUGAGAUUGACAAGAAGCCUGUCAUCCUCGUGGUCCCCAGUAUCCCCGGACCAUCGUCGUCUUCCUCAUCUACCCACUCGUCCAAGAUGGCAGCAACUCCUAUGAACGUGUCCUCAGCGGGAGCAGGGGCUGGUCGCAUGCUGAGUGGACAGCCCAUGCAUAUGGGUGGGAGCAGUGGCAGCGGAGGAGGGGGUAAUCCUCAGAUGAUGCCGGGUCAGGAGAUACCCACCAACUUGAUGGUGAAACAGGGUCAUUCGUCUUCUGCUCAACCAGCAUUUGCUGGAGGUAGGACACAUGUGCAUGCAUCAAAAACCAAAGGACCCUUGAAUGCCGCAGCAGUCAUCCAGCAACUCCAGCAACAGAGACCUACAGCACCCCAGAGCAAGUACGCCGAGCUGCUGGCAGUCAUCGAGGACAUGGGUCGGGAUAUCAGACCAACCUAUGCUGGUAGUAGGACAGCUACAGAGAGGUUAAGAAGAGGUAUCACGCAUGCGAAGGCCCUUGUGAGGGAGUGUUUAGCAGAGACUGAACGCAGUGCAAGAACAUGAUUAUCCUAUGUGAACAUUCCAUGCCAACUUGACGCAACGCUCCUCGGACCUUACCAAGGUUAAACCUUAUCCUGCAUGCAAUAUGAGCUGGUGCUAUCUGAACAUGGUACAUUAUAUAUAUCACGCCAUGAUACCCCAUUAAAACUGAACAUGUGGGACCGAACAUAAGCAUGAAGGAUAAAAUAGGCACCCUCUGUGGUGGGUGUUAAUGCAUUUAUUUUAUAUACAUACAGAGGUUGUAAAUUAUGCUCUGCUGUAAAUGUAAAGGCAUUUCCUGUCAGUUCUUAUAAGCUUAGCUUUUCAGAAUUUCAGUUGAUAAACUUGCCUCUGUCUGAUUUGUUGAGGAUCGGUCAUGUCUGCGAGAGUUUGUGUUUCAAGUCUGCUUGAAUGUAGAUUUAAAUAUUUCCCAGAUGACUAAAUUAAAAUUAGAUAAUUGAAUAGUUACUCUUCCAUUCUGCAGUGUUCAUAAGUAAGCACAUCAUCCAAAGGUAUCAAAGAAAAAUAUUGAUAAAGAACUUCUAGAUUUGAAUCUCUUUUUUUUUCUUCAAAUCAUGCAGCAAGCCUUGGACCAGAAUGAUUAAAUCCCGCAGUCUCUUAUUGUUACCAGAUAAUGUGUUUGAAUGUAACUCUUUCUUGGCAAGAAUUAGUCUGAUGAACCUUGAUCUACUUUUAGUUUAUUCUGGGAAAAAGAGGUGUUUAAAAAAUAAGUUUGUAUUCGAAGGGUAAGAUACAGCCAUAGUGUGCUGUUAUAGGGUUUUGAGGGUUUGACGUUUCCUAGAUUCAUACCAAUACGUUUAUAAGGGCUCCCAAUCCCAUCUUUGAAUGGCAUACCGUCAUUUGACCGUAUUUAUAUUGGAAAUUAGCUGCGCUCCAUUGAAUUCCACACCUGUGAGUGCUCUCUUCUCCAAUUUUCUAGGGGAAAAGAGUUCUCUGGGACCAGAAAGAUUAUAAGAUUAGAAGGGGAGAUCUUGAAGGCGUAGGGAAUUCCCCUCCACUCCGAUGUCAGUUUGACUGUGAACAGCAAGAUAUUUAUAUUGGGUUAUAAUGCUGCCUAUGUACAGGUUGAUUGUCUGUAGACACUGGCUCAUUAGAUAAUUGAUACUUGUCGGUACGUUGAUGAAUUUGAACACGCUAGGGACACGCUGCGAUGCGGAGCAAUUGUCCACUUUGGUUCCAAGCCAAGAUGCACUCAAUAAGGCUGGCCGACUUGGCUGUAAAGCUGAGCUUAACCAGCCAGACCUCAGGUGCUGUGGAGCAUUGCCAGUAAAUGCUGCAUGAUAGAAUUAAAUGUGCUUCACUUGGGAGGAAAGUGUUGGGAUCAGGAUGCACUCCCUCAAAAUUAUGGAUUCUUGUUGCAUUGUUUUUCGUUUGUUUCCAAUGUACAUUGCUAAAGCAAAAAAAUGGAAUGAAUUUAAGUGAAAAAUUUAUGAAAUGACAUACCGGUAAUUGAAGAGAUGGAGCAAGAAACUGAAAUUGUAAUUGAUCGUUAUUUUUAAAAGAUAGAUUGUAAUUGAUUUCAUACCUUUUCCAUGGAGACCAGCAAUCAACUGGAAAUUUGUAAUUAAAACACGGCAAGACUUUGCAGUUAGUCGCAAGUUUCUUGCUAUGCCCCCUCAAGCUCUUUCCAAUCUUCUUGGUAGUAGUAAAACUUUAAAGCACACCAAAUUCAACUUUGAAAUGUGAUGCAUUUGUUGUGAUUGGUGAGUUUCAUUAAUGUUUUUUUUAAUCAAUUGUUAAUUACCAGCUGUUAUUACAGUAUGCACCCCAUGACUUACAGAAUCGUAGGAUUGCACGAGAUUCAUGCUCAUGAAAUUGCAUAUAGAAUGGAUAUUAUUUAAUAUCAUCUUGUUCUUCGAUGGGAACUGUACCUUUUGCUACAGUCGCACAAACAAAGCGGACUCUUAAUCGGCCCAUGGCAUGUCACAGUAAGUGACAUUCUAGCUUUGCUUGGUCCAGAGUUUGUUUUGUCAGUGUGACUGUGGUAUGAGAGUGAGGAUGAGACGUUUUACUUAUCUGUGAAGGAACUCAAGAGAGAAGGUUUGGAGAGUGUUUGAACCAUGGGGCAUGCAUUCUGAGCUCGGGGCUUGAUUUAAACUCUGGGCCGCCGUAACACAAAGGUUCGCGAUUUAUCGCUAAUAACACUGCCUAUCAAGAUCAUUGUUGCAUGCGCAUUUUGCUCAGUAGACUGACGAGGAACCAAUCAGAAUUGUUCUUUCAAACUUGCGAUUUGUCGCUAACCUUUGUCUUACAGGGCCCUGGUCUAAAAUUGAGGUUUUAGUAUGGAUAGCCAGUUGUUAUGCAAAUUUGUAACGGAACAGGUUCAGUGUAUCAGCUUAUUUGACAUUUAAUCGUGAAUGACUGUAUGGGACAUAGGAAGGCCAGAGAAAACAAAAGAACCAUACAAUGUUCACUAGCAUAUUUUCACAUUUUCAGCUUCCCAUAAAUGUAGCACAGACAGAGUGUUGCGAGAAACUUGCAGUUUAUGGCAAGAUCAUUUUAGGACCACAAAUCAAUUGAUGGUCUGCUCAUUGCAUUAGCAAGUAUUACUUGGUUUGCUUUAGUUAAAAUUGAUCUAUCACUUGUUAAUUUGCAUCUGAAAUUUGCAUUUGAUUGUAUAUAUUUUUUUGCAACACCCUUUAAAACCAUUGUAAUAAGGCUUCCUCUUUAGAAUAGCAAUGUUUCUUUUAAAGACAUCAGGUUUUGUUGAUAGUUUUUUUUUCAUGAAUUGCACUAUUUCAAAACAGGUGUUGGCAUGUUUUGGCAAAUUCAACUUGUUAUUGUGCUAGGUGCCAAGUUCAUACAUAUAUUUCAUAACUCCUUACCAGAGAUAUGAGACCAAGUUCCUAAAACUUUGUGUUUUUAAGUUUCAUACAUCCCCCUAACAAUCUAUAGGUGUCAUCAAUUUCAUAUGAAUUUGUGAGUUAUUUAUUUAUUGGAAAGAGUAUGAUGUCUUUUUUGAUAAACUUGAGUCUCUUGUUUGGAUAUAUAUGUACCCCUAAAUGUUUGGGGGUAAAGUAGAAUGUAGCUCAGCACUUUUCUGUUUGUAGGUAUGUGGAUUCUCGUAAGUAGCAUUCAGAGUAAUAGUGUAAACAGUAGUCAAUUCAUUAUCAUAAAUGUAUUUAGUGAAUCAGAAAACUUUGUAUUCAAGAAUUUCUUUUUAAAUCGAGUAAAGUACUACUGUAAUGGAUAAAUUUCUCUAUUGCGAAUGGAGAUGAAUAUUGGUA